AUGAGCCAUAGUUUAACUGCUCUCCAGAUAUCUGUCUAUGUGACGAACGUAGUUCUUGUGCCAUUGUCAGUUUUUCUCACAUCAGCGCUAAUCUUUCCUUAUUGCUCAAUAGUUCUACUCCUUUGCGGUGUUGCGCUCAUCGUUCUGCUCAUUACAAUGCACUUCACAAAUUCUAUAAUGGAUGAAUUAUUAGAAAAACGCAAACACGGGUUUAAACCAAAAGCCUUUGUACCUCAGGCUAACGGUCACGUCAUACAGAAUGAGCAAUGCCAAAUAUGUCAGAUUAAAGCUCCAAAAGGAACAAAGCAUUGUCGUCAGUGUAACGCGUGUAUAGCUGGUUUCGAUCAUCAUUGCACCUGGUUGAAUGCAUGUGUUGGCAGUCGCAAUUACAAGCUCUUCAUCGCUUUUGUUUUUUACAUCGCGCUCAACUCUUUCCUUCAUUCUGUUUGUUAUUUGGCUAUGACAAUACUUUGGACGAUAAAUUUCGACCAAUUUCUUACAAAAACUACCUCAACUUCCAUAGACCUUGUAUUUUGGCCGAAUUUCAGCUCUAUCGUAUGGUUAACAGCUUGUAUUUUACUUUUUUUCUUCUCCGCGACCAUUCUCGUAGCUACCACUCAUCUUUUGUGGUUCCAUAUGAAAUUAUACAAAAACGGACAAUCAACAUACAACUACAUCUUAACUCAACGGCAUAAAAUGAGGCAAAAGGAAUCAACAACUGGCAGUAGUAAUCCACUCCCGCGUAUUCAACUUUCAGAUGAGCGUUUAUCGGAUCCACCCACACCUAUGGGUACCUACACAGCUGAUCGUAGCAGACUUGCUCCACCUGGACUACCACCUCUACGAGUGGCUACUCAUCCAAAUCGUAUUCACCCUACUCCUCCACAGAUUAUAAACACAAUGAAUGGAGAUGUUCCUUAA